UGGCGUCUCCACCUUCCACCUCCUCCUCCUCCUCCUUCUUCCCCUUCCUCUUCCUCCUCCUCCUCCACACCGCCGCCGUCGCCAGAUCGCAAUCAUAUAUCGGAGUGAACUACGGCAUAGUCGCCGACAACCUUCCACCGCCGUCGGCAUCCGCGAAGUUACUACAGUCCACUUCCAUCGGGAAGGUGAGGCUGUACGGGUCCGACCCGGCAAUCAUCAAGGCUCUAGCGAACACCGGCAUUGGAAUCACAAUUGGUGCGGCCAACGGUGAUAUUCCGGCGAUGGCAGCCGACCCAGGGUUUGCAAAAGGCUGGAUCAGUUCUAAUGUACUACCAUACUAUCCGGCUAGCAAGAUCAUCCUCAUCAACGUCGGCAACGAGGUGCUGCAAUACGGCGACGAGAACACGAAAUCGCAACUGUUGCCGGCGAUGCAAAAUCUCCAAAACGCCCUUGAUGGGGCUUCAUUGGGAGGCAAAAUUAAGGUGUCGACGGUGCACUCGAUGACGGUGUUGGGUCAAUCAGAGCCGCCGUCGGCCGGAAGCUUCGAUCCGGCUAUUGGGGAUAUGUUGAAAGGGUUUUUGGAGUUCAAUAAAGCAACUGGUUCACCUUUCAUGAUCAAUCCUUAUCCUUUCUUUGCUUACCAGACUGAUCCGAGGCCUGAAACCCUAGCAUUUUGCCUGUUUCAGCCGAACGCCGGCCGGCCGGAUUCCGGCACCAAUGUCAAGUACAUGAGUAUGUUCGAUGCUCAAGUGGACGCAGUAAGAUCGGCAUUGGAUGCCAUGGACUUUAAGGAGGUCGAGAUUGUGGUCGCUGAGACAGGUUGGGCAUACAAAGGUGAUCCCACCGAGGUUGGUGCAACUGUAGAGAAUGCCAAGGCUUACAAUGGCAACUUGAUUGCUCAUCUUAGGUCUAUGGUCGGAACUCCACUGAUGCCCGGGAAAUCCAUUGAUACGUAUCUAUUCGCAUUGUAUGAUGAGGAUCUAAAGCAGGGCAAGGGUUCAGAAAAGUAUUUCGGGAUCUACAAACCUGACUUAACACCAAUAUACGAUCUCGGACUCUCCAAAAAUAGUCAGGGUCCUCUUGCUACUGCACCAACGCCCACCAUGACCCCACCGGCAGAUGCUCCUGCUAUCGGUGGUGCAACCACACUUCCGACCAACUCUACGGUGGCUCCUCCCAAUUCCACCACACCUCACGACUCUCCUACCGCAAAGGUCAAUGCAUCGAAAAAUGCAGCUAGAUUUAACAAAGUCGAUCUUCGUUUGGUUGUUGUUUUUCUAGUCAUGGCUUCCAUGUUGUAGAUUCUUUUGAUAAAUUCCAUGAUUUUUAGAGUAUUGACGACUUGAGUGUGUGCAAUUGUUUUUGUUGUGUGUGUAAGAUAGAGAUCGACAAAUGUAAAAGAUUCUGGUAUUAUUUAUAUAUCGGUAUGAUUAUGCGAACAC